ACAAUGUAAUGUAAUGUUUUUAAAAACCAUUGACAGUUAUAAUUUAUGUCAUAUGUAAUUAUUAUAUUUAUUUGUUCAAAAUUUUUGGUGGAAAUAUAGUAGAACAAAUUUUUUUCUCAGGGACCAAGCUUCAAUGUUGAACGAAGAUAAAAUAUUGCCCGUGGGCAGAAGUCGCAAAAGAGCGCGAAUACGUCGUCUGGUCAGUAGUCCAGCUAGAGCUAAAGACCAUCUUAAUAAGAAAUUAGAGUCCAAAACUCAAACCUUUUUACGAAAACUUAAACGCGCGCUGUUUGUUACUUUAUUUUUGUCGGCGGCAGCUGCUCUUAUAUUGGGACACCAUCUCACACGUAGUAACAGCAAGCAAAAUACAGUUUUACAAGACUUUUUAAGUAGUUAUCGACGACAUUACCACCAAAUUGUGCAUGGAAAACCACACUACUGCGAUGCAAUAUUAGAUGUUCAAACCAUCAUGCAAGGAAUGCGUGAAUUUAGAAUUUUGCAUCAGGAAGAGGCUUUACAACGUUUGGAAAGUACAUUAAGAAAUCAAACACAGUUUCACUCAAUCGCAAUUGUUGGACCAUCAGGUGUAGGAAAAACCAUGACAGCUAACGCUUUAGCGUCACAUUUUCCGUGGCGUGAAAAUAUCUGGUCGUAUGCUUGGAAUACACAUGUUGAAAACGAAGUGCAGAAAUUUCGAAUGUUACGACUGCUUGUAGAGCAGUUCUCCGAUUGUGGCCGUAAUCUAUUAAUUGUUGAUAAUCUUUCGCCAUGUGAUGACGAGGUUGUACCGCUGUUGAAUCAGAUGAUUGAUUCUCAAGAUGAUGCAAGUAAUAAACGCGUAAUCGUGAUUUAUAUAUUUAAUUUAAAUGCAAUGCUUGACACAAUUUCGUACCAACAACAAGGGAGUUCAUUGCAGCAUUUACCUAAUACAACAACCAUAAAUUUCAAAAGUCUAAAUGAAAGAGAUUUGAGAGACUGCAUAUACCGCGAAAUAAAGACUGAAAAUCGUAUACUCACUAAAGAUAACUUGGACGAAAUUGUUAAUACAAUUGAUGUAGCUACUUCUGGAUGCAAGAAAGUUAAAGCAAAAGUGCUAGUUUAUGGCCGUCCCUUGGAAGAAAAUGCAACAACGAAUGAAGGCUGAAAGCUAAAUUACCAAAAAGUCUAUCCUAUUAUAAAAGGACUGAGUUAGAUGUAUAAAAUAUGUUGUAAUUUUUACGAAUUUAUGUAUUUUAUAUUAGUGUUAAAAUUAAUGUAAGAAUUCGAGAAAAGACGCUAAAAAAUUAGACAAUAAAAUAGACUGAGCCUUAACAGCUCCUUUUGAAAAAUGA